AAAAGAGAGAAAGUAAGAAAAAAAAAAAAAAACAUAGAGAAGUGCAAAAAAAUAGAUAAAUAGAUAGAUAGAUAGACAGAGAGAAACGAAGAAACUGGUGUUAUUAACAGUCCUGUGUUACACGUUCCUUGGCAGUGACCGAGAGUGUACCGGGCUGUAUUUUUUCGUUACGAGAAAUUCUAUUCUACCUAAACCACCAUGGAAGUAUCGAAAAGAGAAAAGAAGCAUAAAGAAAAGAGGAGGAGCAACGAGAAAAGAAAGGAACGAUCUCGUGACGCAGCAAGAUGUCGGAGAAGCAAGGAAACCGACAUUUUUACGGAACUUGCUGCUGCAUUACCAAUAUCACAAGACCAGGCAGCUCAUCUUGAUAAAGCCAGUGUCAUGAGACUUGCCAUUGCUUAUCUCAAAGUUCGAGCGGUCGUUGAUUCCAUACCAAGCGCAGUCGCAAAAUCAGAAACGUCAGUGAAAUUGGAUGAAUUUUUUCCGGAAGCAUUGAACGGAUUCAUGUUGGUAUUAUCUAACGAUGGAAACAUGGUUUAUCUAUCGGAAAAUGUAAGCGAUUUUCUCGGAGUAUCGCAGAUGGAUAUGAUGGGGCAAAGCGUGUAUGAGUAUAGCCAUCCAUGUGAUCACGAAGAAUUACGCGAGUGUCUUUCUUCGAAGCCUAUCGAAGAUAACGACAAACGCUCGUGCAGCUUUUUUCUAAGAUUAAAAUGCACUUUGACUAGCAAAGGAAGAAAAGUUAAUUUGAAGAGCGCCUCUUAUAAGGUAAUCCAUUGUAUUGGCCGUUUGAUAAACAUCCGUGAUUCCAAUUCCAAUUCUGUAAACGUUGAGAAAUCUCAAGGAGAAAACGAUGUUUCCUCGGACAACGAUGAGAUACAAUGUGAGACUGGACCAUCUUUAAUUCUAGUUGGUUGUCCUAUACCUCAUCCCAGUAAUAUCGAGAUACCUUUAGGAAGUCAGACAUUUUUAUCGAAAUACAGUCUUAACAUGAAAUUCACUUAUGCCGAUGAAAAAUUAGCGGAAUAUCUCGGUUGGGACAGUGAGGAAUUAAUAGGACAAUUUGUAUUCGAGUUCCAUCAUGCUCUCGAUAAUUUGGCACUCGACAAAUCAUUCAAAUCUUUGUUCAGCAAAGGGCAGUGCGAAACAGUGGCUUAUCGUUUCUUGGGAAAAAAAGGCGGCUAUGCAUGGGUGGUCACACAAGCUACCCUUAUUCAUUGUACUAAACAACAUAAGCCGCUCUCGGUUGUCUGUGUGAAUUACAUCAUAAGCGGUGUCGAGUGCAAAGAUGAGGUCUACAGCGUACGCCAGCUCGUUGCUCGUGAAUCCGAGAAGAAGACGGUGAAAUCUGAGCCAUUGGAAAACGCGAACAACGCAAUUCACGUCGAAACUACGACGACGACCACGACGACGACGAAGACCACGACGAAAACAACAACAAUAACACCCCCUGUUGAAUCGUCAACACCUAAAGAAGUUUCACCAAAAUCCGAGAACGUCGUUGCACCGAUCGUUGUCCCGUUGCAGGAACAAAAUCGUAACGACAACAACAGACCGCAAUCGGUAACAGCAUCGCUAUUCCGAUCGGUUGCAUCAAUAUCCAAUCAGGAAACGAAAAAGGAUAUCGAUUUGAAACUUAACGAAGGAAAUUCGAGAAAGCUGCCAAUUAUCUUGGGCAAAUCUUCUUACCCGGCGGUGGUUACUCAAAAUUCGAAAAAAAUUAUCGAAGAAGUUACCCUCAAAGAGAACGAUCAACCCAAGAAACGUCGACAAACUGGACGUACUGAAUUUAUAUUUCAGGGUAAACCUGCAUUGGAAUACGAUUUCGAUUCAGCUUUACGUCGUGAUCGUACAUUGGCGGUUACCAGACAACUAUUUGCUCCUUUAACGUCAACGAUUAAUAAUAAUAAUAAUAAUAAUAGUAAUAAUAAUAAUCUGUAUCAACAAUCGCAACAACAAGAACUGCCGCAGCAAGUGUCUUGCAGGCCGCCACCUCAAACGGCAACCGCCAGUAUAUUCGCGCCUCGUACCGAGGACAUGAAUAAAGGUUUUUUGACUUUCAGCGAGGAUCAGCCAGGUCUUACCAUGUUGAAGGACGAACCAGAGGAUUUAACGCAUCUCGCCCCAACUCCUGGCGACGUAUGUGUACCUCUCGAAGAUACACCCUUCUUAACGGACAUGUUGGAUGAAUUCAUUCUCAGCAAUGAUAAUUAUUAUCCUUUAUUGAGUCCUGGCGUUCCAUUGUCGUCUGAAUUACGUGCCACGGAUCUCGGUGAAAGUUUAAAGGACACUGACUUAGCCGACAAUACGAGGAACAAAUGUUUCGGAGAUUCUUUGGCAGAUAGUGAUCCUUUCAUGUAUGGUGAUUUACCGAGCAGUCCGUGCAGUAUCGAUCCAAAUUCCGUAUCACCUUCGAUUUCCAAUUAUCGUCAGAGCCCGGAACGAAGUGUAGAUUCUCUUGGUAGUCCUCCAGGAGGCAGUGCUGGAGAAGGACUCUCUGAAGAUGAGAUGUUGAUACUUGGUGUAAGUGACAACACAAUUGACGAUGAACUAGCACUUAGAGCACCUUAUAUACCUAUGUCAGAUCAAGACGAGGCAUUGGAUCUUUUGAUAAGCAAUGAUAUGGUCAUGUGGGGUGCACAACAACCCGUUGAGAAAUCAUCCAAAUGGCUGGCUGAAGAUCGUGAACAACGUGACGUUGAUUCCAGUUUAGCACAAUUGCUUAGAACUGAUCAAGUUGUUUCUCGCAGAUACAAUGAUCACGGUGGAGGUUUGGUUAAUCCGGUACAAGUAUUGGGUCAAAUACCUAGAAAAAAUCUCUUCAAUGAACAAAAUCGUUGGACGAUGAAAAUAAACGAUCGUAACGAUAAAGCAAAUAAACGUAUUCACGCGACAAUCAAUGAAUUAGAGAACGAGAACAAACGUAUCAAAUGCGAGGAUCCGCUUUCCCUCGAGAGUCAACGUUUGAUUUUAGACGAACAAGGAAAAUCACGAAGAUCGAAUAAUUUUUCAGGGAGUCAGCUUCUUCGUCGAUUGGUAUCGCAACAAACAUUUUCACGUAACAGCAAUCGAACAAACGCCGCUGACGAGUCUAGUUGCAACGGUAUUGGUAUUGGGAAGUAUAAUAAUAAUCGUCGUAGAAGUUGCGAAGAGGAACAACGUAUUCGUAACAUCGACGAGAUUAAUAAUCACAGAGGUGGCAAAAAGAACAACAAUAAAAUAGCUAAGGACGAUGACGAGGAUGAAGCUGAAGGGGACAGCGGAGGGGGAGGGGAUCAGAAAAGAAGACGUCUAACAACUCAGGAAAUCAUAGACAACGCGACAACAGUACAAAGUUCAAACGGUGGUGGUUCUCAUAGGAAUCCACCAUAUAACAGCGUGCUCAUGAAUCUCCUGGUGUCCGGCUGCGAUGAUACUAUCACGGACUCUCGUAACGUGCCAACAUUAGGAAAUAAAUGCCUAACUUCUCCGCUUAGCGUGAAUUUGGACAAUCAGAUGGUCCCACAAUGUCCGGACGGAUUAAACAACAUAUCUUUAGAUCGUCUAAGUCCAAGUACUAGGAAACAUUUUGUCGGUUCAUUGAGUGGUGGAAGUAUGAUUUCACCUUCAACUGGCAUAAUAUCUUUCGAUCAGCUCGAGUACGAUGUUGUUUGUACUGGCCCAGGUCUUCUUCAGAUGGAUACUGGUUUACUUGAAGGACCGAUGGAUAAGAAUCUCGUUUAAGAUUAAACGCGGUCCCUUUAAGAAAUUCCAGAACUGCUAGAAAAAAAGAAGUAAGGGGCUCGAAUUGCUAGCUAGCUGUUAUAUUUAAUAUACACUUUAAUCGUGGGGAAGGAAUCCUCAAGAAAAAUAAUAACAAUAAAUAUAAAUUUCAUCAGUGAUCUAUUCUAUCUGUAAUUUGUACAUAAUCAAACAUUAUGAGCAUUUAAUUUAGUUUAGAUAUAUUAUAUUAUGUUUCUGACCGAUCUCUUUUAAAACUUCGUUCUAUUUUAUCCGAUAAUGAAUGUCACAAUUAAUGUAAUAUAUAUAGUAUAUAUAUACAUGUAUAUAUAUAUACAUAUAUGAAAGUGAGAUUCAAUGGCCAUAAUCGAUUGAACUUUUUUUAUAGGCUCUUAAAUAGCUACGCCAGAGUUAAUUACCAAUUUUGUUUUCAGUACGUUCUGGAAUUGAUUAGAUGUAGAUAAUAUAUAAGUGGAAGGGAAAAAUGUAUUUUACAUAUUGACAGGUGGUUUUAAUUAUAGAACUCGUAUAAUACUAUUAAUAAGAGUAUUUCAAAAUGCUAUACAAUAAUGUAAAGAUUUCGUAAAACCGGAUAUUACCUGCAAGCAGAGUAUUCAAAUGUGUACUUCUUAUAAUUUUAUAUAAUUAUUUAUAUAUAAUGUAUAAAGGAUCGUACAUAUUUGAAAAGCGUUUGUAAAUUGAUCGACAAUCCAAAAAAUGAUUCGUUUGAUUGUAAUACACAAGUCAUUUUUUUCGAACACGUAUUCCAAAUUUGCAGAUCGUUGUCACAAUGUAACGUGAUAAUUCAAUUAUUUCGACUUUUUUUUAUUGUUCCUUUUUUCUUGUCUCACUUUAUCUCUGCCUGCUUCAAAUUUGAAUUGUUAAUAACAUUACUACUUUACAAAGUAUAUUGACGAGUGAUAGAUUAAAGAUUUUUACGUGCCAAUGCUUUCACGAAACAUAAUGUUAGUAUACUUGUUAAGUUCUAAAAAUGAAGAUUUUAUUUUCGUUUUGUUAGCACUUACACCCUCAUCAUCAUCAUCAUCAUCAUCAUCAUUAUUAUUAUCAUUAUCAUCAUCGUCAUAUCUUUACCGUUGAUUCUUAGACUUUUCGUUUUAAAUUCAAAAAAUAAAGAACGAUCGAUUCAAAGUUAAUUAGAAAAUAUAAAUGUAAAUAAUAUACAUUAGAAUAUAUUGUUUUUUCAUGAACUCUCUUUAAGCCUUGAUCGUUUGGUCCAAUUUAAAAGCUGAUUAAGAUACAAAGCUGAGAGUAGAAAAGAAACAAAAAACAAAGAAGAUAUGAAUUUAUUAUCUCGUACGAAAAUUAAUUCGUGCGUGAUAGUUAUGCGGCAUUUACGUGUUGCAACGAUUACGUGUUGCCUUGUUGUUAUUGUUAUCAUUUUUAUCAUAUUUUGAUAAUCCUUGUUAAAAUCAUCGUUAUAUUACCAUUUUACAGACGUAGAAAAUAUUCUCUGCUGGUACUAACCGAAAAUUUUUUCUACAUGGGUGUUAUUCUAGACUUUAUACGAAUCAAGAUAAUUGUAAUUAAUAUUGUAUCUGGCCGUAAUAUUAUAAUUAUCAUUAUGAUUGUCAUCUAUAUUAUUAAUCUUACUAUAGUCUUAGAGUAUCAUCCGAUAUGGAUCAUAAUUAAUCGCAAAAAAUGAUAUGACGAAUACAGUAUCAGGAAGAAAAAAUAUUUCUAUAAGUAAUAUAUUUCUAUGUAUUACU